GAAGUCCCUCUCACAUCUGCCCAAGACGACGGCACCUCGAAACGACCUCGCGAUGCGCGACUCAUCCACGCGAUUCUAAGCAAUCUCGGCAUCCACUCCUACCAAGAAAGAGUACCACUCCAACUCCUCGACUUCGCCUACCGUUACACAUCCGGCGUCCUCAAUGACAGUCUUCGUCUCAGCGCGGAAGGUUACGCAUCACAGCAGACAGGCACAGGAGGACGGAGGAAUCAACAAGAAGACAUGAACAAUAUCACGAUGUCGGCACUCAGGGGAGCCAUUGCGAGUCGGCAUGGACAUACUUUUGUCGGUCCCUUGCCGAAAGAGUAUAUGAUGGAGCAGGCUACGGAGAGGAAUCGGAUUCAAUUGCCGAAGGUGGAGAGGACUUAUGGUGUGCAGUUGCCACCGGAGAAGUAUUGUUUGACGGGUGUGGGUUGGGGUUUGAAGGAUGAGUGGGAGAGUGAUGAGGAUGUGAAGCUUGAGGAGGCGCCGGUUAUGAGUAGAAAUGCGAGUCAGAGGAAGGAUGAGGAUGAGAAGAUGGGUGGAAUGGAUGGGUUGGAUGAGGAUGAGGAAGGUGCGGGCAGGAUGGAGGAUGUGUUUGGGGAG